CACCUCUAUCGGCUUCUUCACUUUUACCCACCGAGAGAGAGAGUUCAAAAGAUUGAAGCACCCUCGGACUCAUCCAUGGCAUCUUCUUCACAGGCGAAUGUCCCAUAUCUUCGUCGCGACACUAUAGACCAGACGGAGGUUGCUAUCAGCACCUACUAUAGGGAUUCACAUUUUCCGGAGCUGGUUGAAACUUUAAAUGUGGUCGGCGAACAGUGCAAUUCAGAUUUAUUGGGAAGAUUUAGAGCAUCAUGUUUUGGGCAUUUCACUGAUUGGAGGCCCGGCCCGAAGAGCAAUAAAGCAUUACACCAGAUUGUAUCGAGGCAGAUUGUGUCAGAAGAUGAUGAGAUGUGCUUCUUUCUGUGCGGAGCACGAGUCAGAUUUUCUCCUGCGGACUACGCAUUAGUGACUGGGCUCAAUUUCGGGGGAUCGAUGUUCGAUGCGACAUUACAGCACGACUGCAGUCGCGUGGAGGCAUACCGACGAUUCUGCGGUACGCGAAGCAUGACCAUACAGUCGCUCAUCAAACGCGUGUGCGAUUUGGAUCGUCGAGUGGAUGAUGAGGAUGAGAGCCUGUACCUUCGUGCUGUCCUCGUGUGUGUGGCUCACACCCUUGUUCUUGGGUUGGAUACGCGGAUUCUCCUGGGGCGCGUAUUCGUAUAA